CGCCACAUUACUCACGCAAAUUGUAAAACGUUAGUUAAUAAGCUAGGGACACGGGCAAACCUCCCCACUCGGUGGCAUAGUCAAGACAAUUUUCGUGACGGUCCUGCAGGACUGACAUAGCACAUUUACUACUUCCGUUCUGACAUGCGCCAAGGCUUGUGAACUCUCCAGGCUAGUUAUCCAUAUGCCGUACGGCGUCUAUUGAUCCAUUUGGUCGUCUCCCUCGGCGGAGUAACAAUUCAUCGUCUUUUCUCUCGUCUUCAUCCUCCAUCUGGUAACCUCUUUGUUUCUGAUACCAUCUAAUCAGUGACAAUGCGCAUAUCUCUGGAAGACCCUCUUACACUUGCAAUCGCACCACCUAAAGAUGAAACACCCAAAGAGAAAGAGACACGGGAACAGGCUGAGAUCGAAGCUCGUCGAAUAAGCGAGGAUAUCGACGAGCAAAUCCGUCAAGAACGGACCGUACUCAAAAAGAAGAAGAAACCCGUCAAAGUACUUCUCCUUGGACAGAGCGAGAGCGGAAAAUCUGCUACACUCAAAAACUUCCAAUUACAACAUGCACGACGCGAGUGGGCGGAGGAGCGAGCUUCAUGGCGGAUAGUCAUUUAUUUAAACCUCGUUCGCAACAUUGUCAGGGUCCUGGAUAUCCUCAGUCGGGAAAUUUCACUAGCCGAAAGCGAAAAGCGCCCAGGGUCUACAGGAAUAGAGUAUCUCAGCGAUUCCGACGACGAGACAACCAACCAUGAAAUUGUUUAUCAUUUCUCGGACAAGCAUCGUUUCAUGCAACGGCGUCUCGGCCCGUUACGCAGCAUUCAGGGUGACCUCGAGAACAAGCUCGGUCCUGAAUCGCAAGAAGUUCGCUCAACGGCUUCCAUAUCCGCAACGCCAUUUGAUUCUCCGAGCUUUCAACUAUUACCCAAACGCCCCUCGCGAGAUUUUGGUAUCAAUUCAACAAAUGGAUGGAAGUCCGCCUUGGAAAAGCUGCGCCCGUCGAUGAUGGCCAGUGCCCGACCUCAAAGACGGAGUGAUAGCGAUCACGACGAGAUUACUGAUGUGCUUGUUGCGUGCAAGGAAACCAUGCUAGAGUUGUGGCAAGAUCCCAUCGUCCAGCAAGUUUUGUCUCAUCGCAAGACAAAGAUAGAAGAUUCUCCGGGCUUCUUUUUGGAUGACAUUGACCGCAUCGUAUCAUAUGACUAUGAACCUAGCGACAACGACAUUGUUCGUGCGCGUCUACGAACGGUUGGCGUUCAAGAACACAGAGUCGUAAUGGACGACAGCAACGGGAAAGAAUGGCUAUUGUAUGAUGUUGGCGGAACGAGGUCUUUGCGUGUAGCAUGGGCGUCGUAUUUCGACGAUGUCGAUGCCAUCAUUUUUCUUUGCCCAAUCUCUUGUUUCGACGAGCAGCUCCGUGAAGAUCGUCGCAUAAACCGCCUGGAAGAUAGCUAUCUCCUGUGGAAAUCAGUCUGUUCAUCUCGUAUUCUAGCCAAGACCGAGAUCAUUCUCUUUCUUAACAAGUGCGAUCUCCUGCACAAUAAGAUCAAGCGAGGAUUGUCCAUAAAGGAUCACAUCCCGAGUUACGGCAGUCGCAAAAACGAUACUGUUACAGUAAUGAAAUACUUCCAACAACAUUUUAGGGAAAUUUUUAAACAGCAUUCCCCGGAGCAACGGCCGUUUUUCAUCCAUUUCACAUCGGUAAUCGACACCAAGGCGACCGCAGCUACGCUAAGCGUAGUCGAGGAAAGUAUCCUUCGUACUCAUUUACGGAAUGCGGAUCUUCUGUAAUAUUGCUGUGUUAUCUUAUCACGACCUUAGUAUACCCCACCACCACUUCACUACUUUCUAACGCGUUGUACCACCAUCUUACUAAUGUAUUUCUCUCCAUACUCACUAACAUUAUCGAUGCUAUAAAUGGCGACGACCCUACCUACAUUUAGGUGAUAUAUACUAUGCAUAGGGCAGUAAGACUGAUUAACACGCUUUACUGCACCUAGAUUGCUAUAAUCCAUUUGUGGUGAGGGGAAUACAUAGGGGGAUCUCUCUGGCCAUGGAAUUCCGCAGCUCACAAAUACAGCCAUAUAUACGUCUAA